CUUCACCCAACAUUUACAUUAACAUGUUUGUGACGGCCCCAGAGCCUGUUGCCUUUGGUCCUGUGGUUUGUGUCUGUGUGUUGCAGGUCCUUGGAUGGGUGGAGCUGAGGUGCCAUUUGAGUACUAACUGCAAACACCUGGCCGGUGCCCCAGAGCUUACUUAAGUCUGCCUGCCCUGAUUCCAGUUCUCUGAUCCCUUCCUCACUUACAAAGCCUUGGUUGUUUUUGCGUUUCCCUUUUUGGUUUUGUUUUACACUGACAACAUGCACCUCACAUUAGACAACACAUUCAUACACUUUCAAACAUCAUUGAUACUGACUUUCACACCUCAUUGCAGUUAUUAUUGAUAUCUACUUUUAUGAAUUUCAGUUCGUUGCUGCUGAGUUUGGCGUGUGUCUCCUUCUUUUGCUUUGAACCAGUCAUAACAAUGUUACAGACAUGCUAAACGAUAUAUGUCACAUGUAAGUUUAAAGGAGCCAUGAAAAACUCACUUUUUCAGUGCUUGUAUGUAUUUGGGUCUCUGAUGCGCCUACUAACACGCAAGCUGUGAAGUAAGACCACCCAGUCAGUUUGGUGUGAGCUGGCUUUCUCUGUACUCAUGUGAUUCAACAAGCUAUUCAGAUUUGAUGCCCCUUCUUACGUCACAUGGGACGAACUUAAACUAAACGAAGCUAAGCUAAGGGAAAAAAAUUUGCACGUAUCGCAAGGCUGGACUCGCUGCUGCUGUCUUCUGGAGGAAUAAACACCUGAUUCUGCUCUCAUUUGGAUCAGUUUACUGGCAGGAGGAGUUUGUUUUUUAAACUUUUGGGAUUAAGUGGAUUUACCUUCCAUCUCACUUCUCAACCUAACUGGAGCUAACACCGGAGUCACCCACCACCUCGGCCGCUGUCAUCAAUAAUAAACAUCUUAAAUGCCGGAUCCUUCUGUUACACAAGUGACCAACUCCUCUGUAGAACCAGUUGACCAGUUCAACCCUUUCCCUGCUCAUCCCACAGACAGCCUAGCUGCUCAUACUACUCCGGCUGCCCCCUCUCCCUACCAGCCUGCUGUGUUGCAGCCGUCUACAGAGCCAAGUCCACAGGCGACUGCUGCUGCAGCUCAGGCCAACCUGCUGAGGCAGCAAGAGGAGCUGGAGAGAAAAGCUGCCGAGCUGGACCGCAGAGAGCAAGAGCUACAGAGCAGAGGCUCGACAGGUAAAGAGAACAACUGGCCUCCACUUCCCAAAUUCUUCCCCAUUAAACCAUGUUUCUAUCAGGACUUCUCAGAGGAAAUCCCCCCGGAGUACCAGAGAGUCUGCAAGAUGAUGUACUAUCUCUGGAUGUUCAACUGUGUGACUCUGUUCCUCAACCUGCUGGCUUGUCUGGCUUACUUCACCACUGAUGCAAGCUACGGUGUGGAUUUCGGCCUCUCCAUUCUCUGGCUCAUCCUCUUCGCUCCCUGCUCCUUCCUCUGCUGGUACCGGCCCGUCUACAAGGCCUUCAAGACUGACAGCUCCUUCAGCUUCUUCUUCUUCUUCUUUGUGUUUUUCUGCCAAGUGGUGAUCUUCAUCAUCCAGUCUGUGGGCAUCCCCAAGUGGGGGAACAGCGGUUGGAUCGCUGCCUUCACCAUCAUCGGUACAAACAAGGCGGUGGGAGCCAUCAUGAUCAUAGUGGCCAUCCUCUUCACCAUGUGCGCCGUGCUGUCAGUCAUCCUGCUCAAGAUGGUCCACAGCAUGUAUCGCCGGACUGGAGCCAGUUUCCAGAAGGCCCAGCAGGAAUUCUCCCAGGGCGUCUUAAGCAAUAAAACCUUCCAAACAGCCGCUGCUGGUGCGGCAUCCAAUGCUGCCCAGGGAGCCUUCCAGGGAAACAACUAAUGGUAGUCUGAGCUAAGCUAAGCUCCAUUUAACAGGUCAAGGUGUAUAUGUUAUCAGGUCUAGAUGAUCAACUAAUACAAAGCUGAAUCAAUCAGGAAGUUUGGCAGCGGCUACAAAUUAAAAUCUAACCUUAUAACGAAUAGACCUUGAACCAGGUGAGGCUAUGUUAGUAGUCCACCCCACCCCCUCCCUCUCCUUUCACCCCCACUAUCAAUGCACAUAUAAAUCCCCAUGUUAACUUUGCUUUUCACAUCCAGCAUGUCUCCUGCCUGCAGAGUGACAUCAUGUGGCUCUGUUGGGCUUAAAAAAAAAGCAGUCGAGGGGGAAAAGUCUCACAUCAAGUGCAUUCUGGGGUGGAAAGCAUGAAUGAAGUUGACUGAUUGCUAUUUCAGUGUGUCUUGGCUUUGUAUAUUUUGUGUGCACUUUUCAGCAAUGCUCUUUAGUGUAAUGUGUGAUUGUGUACGUACAUAUGUACGUGCGUGUGCACCGGCAUGUUCAUCACAUGUAUUCAUGUGGCUGCAGUACGGUUUUUUUUUCCCACAGACGGAGUGGACUCUGAUUCUGUAAUAUAAAUAAGAUGAAGUGUUUCUGUGUGUCAUUGAUUGGCAAAUCUUUCUGUCUCGGAAAAGCAUUUCUCUCCCAGUUUGUUUCUCUUUUGUGUACCACAAAUUUAAUCUAAUGAGGAAGAAAAAUAACAAAAGUUCAUCAUGUAAUUAAUAAUAAUCUGCCUGUUUGAGUGGUUUGGACAUUAUUGUUACUGCAAUUAUCCAUUUAAGUCCGGAGUCAUUUAUUCAAUAAGAAAAAUACAUCAAAGUCCUCUGAUUUAUGGUCUUUGACGACAUGAGGGAGCCCCCAUCUCUUUCAGAAUGUGGUACACAUCGUCGAUUUUUAAAACACUGGCCUUAAAGUUUUGUCUGGAACCAAAAUUUUCUUUAGACAUUUUGGGAAAACCACUGUGGUGUCAGAAAAUUAGUGGAGAUCCUUCAUAGUGAAUCUACUCCUUCUUGUAUUCAGAUAAUGGUUUCUACAUACAGAUCACAUCUGCAAAGAGCAUCAACGUGCUUUUGCUUCAGUUAACGUCGUGCUUGUUGACAGUGAAAACCAUUAUUUGGUUUCACUUUAGGGAAAAUUUUCUUGCUAAAGCAUCAAACUAAUUCAUUUUUUUUCUGUAUCGUAUUAAUGGUUGAUGAAGCAGCUUGAGGUAAAUCUUGUUUAUCCUGUUUGCUACCAUUGUUAUUGGUUCCUAAGGAUACCAACGAAAUACUAACUAUGAAAAAUUAACAAUAACACCAGUGAAAUAAAUUAAUUUCCUCCGAGUAGAUUGACAGCUGCGGUUAAUACAGUUGGCUUUAAGUGGUCGAGUCAUUCUCAAUCUCUCAUUUAUUUCAGUACUAACAGUAUAUGCAGGAGGAGGAGGGACAGUUUAUUUUUCAUGUAGAAGUGCAACAGUGUAUUCGGCCAGUGUGAAUCAUAUGGAAUAAUCAGAAAAUAAUGAAGUCUGACUGUCACGGGUAUGACAGUAGACGCAGGCUAUUAUGUUUUCCUGAUUCGUAAUUUCUGCUAGAGCAGUGUGAAUUCGCCACAUAACUUAACUUCCUUUACAAAGUCAGUGUCUCAACAUCACCAGUAUGCAGCUAAGGUAUUGCAUCUUCACUUUUUCAUAGAUUGUUUAAUUAUUCAAAGGAAUUUCAUUGCUCGAAAGUCGUCUUCUUCUUCGUACCUCUGUAAAACUAUCACCAAGCCCUAAAUUAUUUGUGUACUGAUGUAUAUUUUCUAUGUGAUUUUCUUAUUUGGAAAAAAAAAACAAAACAUGCAUAUGUAUGUUUUAUUUGAUGUACUGUUUUAAAACAUUGGCUCGGAUGUGACAUACGUCAGCAAUCCUAAAGAACAAAUGCAAAUUCAGAGUUUGUGUGACGUUCUUGCAACAGAUAACGGUCUAAUUUAAAGUUUGAUCCUACAUCCUUUUAUGUGAUAGAAGAUUUGUAUUAAUUCACACAUCUCUGUAUGCGUUGUAUUGGGAGAGCAGAAUACAGUGCCUUUUGUAUUUCAAUAUUGAAUAUAGCAUCUAAUAAAAUGCUUUGCUUUCAUUUAAAA